AUGGCUCACAAGAGACAGGAAAAUGAGAUUCUGCGGGUAUUAUUAUUGUGUGUCCUGUGGUACCUGGUGAGCUCCAGUAAUAAUGUUGUCGGCAAAACGCUCUUGAAUGAAUUCCCUUACCCUAUGACUGUGACUAUGGUGCAGUUAGUGUCGAUAUCGCUGUACAGCAGCCCUGUGUUGAGAUGGAUGGGCGUUCGGAGAAGGGCCGAGAUCAGCUGGAGUUAUUACAAGAAGAUUGUAAUUCCUUUGGCGUUUGGGAAAUUUCUAGCGUCCGUCUCGUCUCAUAUUAGCAUUUGGAGAGUACCUGUUUCGUAUGCACACACAGUGAAGGCGACCAUGCCACUUUUUACAGUUGUUCUUGGUAGAAUCCUCUUUCAUGAAAAGCAGACCACAAAGGUAUAUUUUUCAUUGGUUCCUAUAAUUCUUGGAGUUGCCAUUGCCACCAUAACAGAGAUAUCCUUUGACAUGUUGGGCCUUAUUUCUGCUUUGGUUGCCACAUGUGGGUUCUCACUGCAGAAUAUUUUUUCAAAAAAGGUCUUGACAGAUACUGGCAUUCAUCAUUUGAGACUGCUACACUUGCUGGGUUGGCUUGCAUUAGUCAUGUUUCUCCCAGUAUGGAUCUUUUUUGAUGGCUACAACAUUUUGAAGGAUGAGACAUGGCUAAAUCGGAGAGACCCAUUGGAAACCUUCAUUCUGCUGCUAGCUGAUGGUGGCCUCAACUGGUUGCAGAAUCUCAUAGCUUUCACUAUCCUCAACUAUGUGACUCCUCUCACAUAUGCAGUGGCCAAUGCCACAAAACGUAUCAGUAUUAUCACAAUCUCUCUUCUAUUGUUGAGGAAUCCAGUUACAUUUUCCAAUGUUGUUGGAAUGGUCCUGGCCAUCGUUGGAGUCCUCGGAUACAACAAGGCAAAAUAUGAUGCAAACUUGGCUAAGAAGAAAGCAGCAGUGAUACCUUUAAGUCAAGUGACGACCAGUAAGUUGCUCCAAGGUUAUCCUACAGAUAGUGGUCCUGCAGUUUAUCAAGCAGAUGGAGACCCACUCCAGCUGCCUCCCUUCCAUCCAGCAUACGUCUUUAAUCACGCAAACUCCGCUAGACUAGGGCCCUAUCCUAGAGUUCAAGAUGGAAAUACAAGGAUCUCUCAAAAUAGUGGCAUCAGCAAUAGCUCAGAAAAUGGGUAUAUCCACAAUGGCACAAAUAGUUUUAUUUCUAAUGGUCAUGCAGGGCAUACCACAAGAUCUUAUGGAAGAAUAGAUUCUGUUUGAGGUUGUAUACUGUAGAUAUUGUAUAUUUUUAUACAUUGCUAGUAGUUAUUAAAUAGCAAAAUUAUUUAUUUAAUCAUAUUGAAAUAUGUAUAUGAAAUGUGACAAAGAAUUUUAGAUAAAGGUGAAGGUUUUUUGAUGAAAGCAUUUUUAAAUAGUUUUAAUUGAUUUAAAGCAGAAUAUUAUAACUCCAGUGCUUAUAAAGAAGAAGCAUUUAUUCUGUGGAGCUGACAAUACUCUAAACAAUUAGUUUUCUUGUUACUUAUUCAGUUCUGUCUCCACAAUGGCAAUUUCACUAGAUAUACUUAAUAAUCAUAUGUGCCCAAUUAUUUAUCAUAUAUUUCUGAAAAAGUAAGUUUAUAAUUUUGAGUAAGUGCAACACAGUUACAGUUGAAUCUGUUAUAUAUUUAGAUGAAACAUUAUUUUUUUUUUCCAAUCAUGAUUAGAACUGUUUAUUAGCAAAUUAUUUCUCACAUCAGUUUCAUCCCAGAUGCAUUAAUGCUAUUAGUAUAUAAAAUGAGAACUUGAGUGAAAAAGGAUACUUGCAUACUGUAUUUGAUAUUGUCCCCUCUAUUAGCAUUGUUUAUUCCAUUUGCCAUGGAAUCUAUUGAAAAUGCUACUUAUCUCUUACUUAUUUCAUAUUAAUAAUUGCACCACUGUUGUCCAUUAUUUAUGUACUGGUCUACAGUACUUGGUUUCAUGUCAGCGUGGUAUUAUUAGACCACUAUUCUUUUAUAAUUUUCCAAAAUGUCUUUAUUAUUGUUAUUUUUGUUUUAUCAUCAUCAUCAUUAUCA